GAUGCACGGUGCCGCUGGCUGCCGCCUCCGGCUGCCGCCGCCAGCCUUCUGGGCGCGUCUCUCUCCUGCGAUCCUGGCCUCUGGCCCCGGCGACGUAGCCGGGCCAGGCGAGGUUCUGGCCUGACCCGCCAGGUGACCUUCAUUCAGUCCCCUGUCGCGCCAAGCCUUGCCCCCAUCAGUGCGUGGGCCUGUCUCAACCUCUCCAGCGGUUUGAGAACACCGACCUGCAUUGGCCCCAUAUUCUGCCCAGUGGCAGGGGGAGUGUCGGGCCGCCAGGCCCAGGGGCGGGGCCGGAGGAGAUGCCCCUGCAAGUGAAGUGGCCAUUCCCUGCGGUGCCGCCGCUUACCUGGACACUAGCCAGCAGCGUCGUCAUGGGCCUGGUGGGCACCUACAGCUGCUUCUGGACCAAGUACAUGAAUCACCUCACCGUCCACAACAAGGAGGUGCUGUACGAGCUCAUCGAGAACCGAGGCCCUGCCACUCCCCUCAUCACCGUCUCCAAUCACCAGUCCUGCAUGGAUGAUCCUCAUCUCUGGGGGAUCCUGAAACUCCGCCACAUCUGGAAUCUGAAGUUGAUGCGUUGGACUCCUGCGGCUGCAGAUAUCUGCUUCACCAAGGAGCUACACUCCCACUUCUUCAGCUUGGGCAAAUGUGUGCCUGUGUGCCGAGGAGACGGUGUCUACCAGAAGGGGAUGGACUUCAUUUUGGAGAAGCUCAACCAUGGGGACUGGGUACACAUAUUCCCAGAAGGGAAAGUGAACAUGAGUUCUGAGUUCCUGCGCUUCAAGUGGGGAAUUGGGCGCCUAAUUGCUGAGUGUCAUCUGAACCCCAUUAUCCUGCCACUGUGGCAUGUUGGAAUGAAUGACGUCCUUCCUAACAGCCCACCCUACUUCCCCCGCUUUGGCCAGAAAAUCACCGUGCUGAUUGGGAAGCCCUUCAGCGCACUGCCCAUGCUAGAACGGCUCCGGGCGGAGAACAAGUCAGCUAUGGAGAUGCGCAAAGCCCUCACGGACUUCAUUCAGGAGGAAUUCCAGCGCUUGAAGACCCAGGCAGAGCAGCUCCACAACCACCUCCAGCCUAGGAGAUAGACACCAUCCUGCCUGGCCCCAGGGAAUGGAUAGAUCCCCUGAGGCUUGGAGAGGAGGCAGUAUUGGGACCUCAGUCCCAGCUUGGCUGGCUCUCAGUGCUGCCUUCAGAUUCCUGCUUCUCACAAAACUGGGACUGGGGGAUGGAGUGAUGCUUUUAGUUUGGAUACAGUUUUUAGACAGACUGUCUCAUGAUCCCUACUGGGUGCCCUCUUCUACUUCGUGAACAUCUAGCUCCUCCAUGGUUCAUCAGUUAAAGAGCGGGUCUCAGUGCCAGGCAUGGUGGUACAGUUUAUUUCUUUUUUUUUCUUUUUUCUUUUUUUUUAAAGAGAGAGUGAGA